AACGUACGGACCGGUCAGCUUGUGAGAGUGAGGAAAGCAAAGCAGGGAAUCACAAACGGCACCCACCUUCUCACUGCAUCCCAUUCUGGCAUCUGCAAAAAAGACCACAAUCACCUUUGUCAUUAAGCAACACCGAUCGGAAAAGAAACAUGAAUAGGCUCACGAUGGAUUUUUGGAGACGGGUUUUUAAGAAGCAGAUGAAUGAGGUGAAGCCAAAUGAUCUCUGGAGGCUGACAAUGGAUCGCAGGAUUGAAUUCAACAGGGUGGAACCUGGGUGGAUGGAAACAUUUCAGGAGCAUGCUCAUGGAAGAUUUACCUGUUCCGGAUGCUGGCACAGCUGGUCCUCAUACCAAGUUCUUAUCCUGUUCCACAUGCUAUGGGAGAGUUCUGAGAGGCGAGGACACGUCAAGAUGAAGCCCUUGGGUCAGCGGUGCCACGAAUGCUCUCUGGACACGUACGAAGAGCCACGGUUCUCUGAGGACGACGUUGCCGACAUCUUGAAGGAGUUGAUCCUCGACAUCAGGGAGAGUUGCUAUGGGGAGCAGGUUGACCGCAGUCAGCUCUCUAAGGUGGUCUGUCAUGAGGGUGGUCCGCAUAAGCGCGAGUUUUGUGAAGGGUGCCAGCUGGGAAUCCACAAAGGACAACAAGGGCGGUCGAAGCAAGCAGAGCACCGCGGGAAACCCCAAAGCACAGGCUAUCCGGCGACCAUUAUACAGAUAGAAACACCAAGUCCAUAUUUUACAGGAUCCUCAACCCCAUCAUUCACAGGGUCCUCAGCCCCAUCAUUCCCAAGGCCCUCAGCACCAUCAUUCACAGGGUCUUCAGCCCCAUCAUUCCCCUGGUCCUCAGCCCCAUCAUUCCCACGGCCCUCAGCCCCAUCAUUCACAGGGUCUUCAGCCCCAUCAUCCACAGGGUCUUUAGCCCCAUCAUCCACAGGGUCCUCAGCCCCAACACAGAGUUGCAAUUACUGUCUUUGGUCUGUAAUUCUAAUUAUAGCAGUAUUUAUAAUUUCAAUUAUAAUUUUGAUUGCCUAUAUGCUUUCUUUCAUUACCUAACUGGUUCCGUUGAUAGCAGAGCAGGCAGGGAAUUUAAACUGCAAUGCAAAUUCAGGCACCCACCCCUGCUGGCUUGGCCUGCCGUGACUUUAGAAGCCCUGCCGCCUCCUGUACAAAAGCUGCCAAAUGUCUGAAUAUGCCUUUCUGUAUUCUGAAACGAUUACACCAGUGGCAAAUUGUGACGGUGUAAGAUUCGCCUUUUCUUCCCUUUUAUUUCUUUGCUACUUGAAUAGAAUGUCGUUCAAUCAAUCAAUCAAUCAAUCAAUCAAUCAAGUAUACCGUUGUGUGAUCAGCUGCUAGUUGUGUGAUCAGCAAAUCUGAACACAGCUUGUAUAGUAGUUCAAACAAAGAGUCAUAAAACAUCUGAACAUUCUUGAAACAUAAAACCCUUCUACAUACAUCAGGAAAGGUUACAGGUCAUGAGAAAUAACCGAGCAGCUGGUUGGCAAGGCUGUGCUAUUGCAAUGAUUUUAAUAAAUGCUUUGUCCCUCCUGGAUACAGACUUGAAUUCGCAGAUGGUUUAUUUAGCAGGUGGUCCCUCACCUGGGGAAUGAACAAGUUGAUAUAGAAGUGAAUUCUUUUGCAGGUGGAGUGGAUGGCCACCGCCCAAUUUUUUUUAAAUGGCCACCCAUGUAAUACAGUGUCCGACAGAUAGAAUGUGAACAGGUGAACUUUCCCCAUAAUUCCAUUUCCAUACUAGAAAAGCUUAACCUUUGAAUUUCAGCAAAUUCAAAGGUCUUCCUUCAUGUGUUGACCAUCAACAUCUUUGUACGUCUUAACAGCUCUCUACCCCUCCCACCCUCCCGUCCGACGAUGCCCUGGUCUGGCAGACAAGCUUAAACUGCAUAUUUUUAUUUUACACUGCGACACUGUCUCCCCCCCAGUGAAGACUUCAAGCAUUUAGUAAUUCCUAACAUUUACUAACUCUAACUAUGGGUGCCCCAAAACUGUAUACCAUUGUACUGCAAGUUAACUAUCCAGUGAAUUAUUAAGGAGUUCCUGAUUUCUACCUUCUAAGCCUCUUUGCAAAGUUUUCCCAUGUUGCAUUUGCCAUUGGGUUGGGGGGCAGCAAUGGCAAACUUGUUUUUGUUUUAAAGAUUUUGAAAUAAGAACAUAUUUUGUUUUAAUGGGGCUGCAUAUCUCUGCUACCAUCUGAUUUUAUUAUUCAUUACCUGUUCUGUUUGAUCUUAAAAAGAGAGGUCUGUUGUUAUUUCUUUCUGAGGUAUUACUUGUUCCUGGAAAUUUUAAGACAUUGAAGGAUUGGGUAGGAGAAAACUGUUUCAAAUGAAUAAAAUAAAUUGC